AAAAGCUACCAAGUAAAUUGCUGGCUGGAGUUGCAGGAAGUCCUCACGGCGGCCCAAUUCUGCGAGAACUGAGAGAGAGAACCGAGGAUUCACCGGCCGUAUCUCUGAACUCUGAAUCUUCUUCUCUUUUAUGGUCGGCAGCUGCUGAACGAGAAUCUGCUCUUUCAACUUCUUCUUCUUUCGCUAUGGAGUUAGAAUCAUACUACGAAAUUUCCCGCACCGCCGACUACAUUCACACUCGGAACUUUACCAGAGUCGCAUUGCAGUUUCCUGAUGAGCUCUUGAAGGAUUCAACUAGAGUGGUCAGUGCUUUAAGGAAAAGACUCUGUGCGCUUAAUGAUACAAACCAAAGCGAUGGCGAAAAUAAGGUUAGGUUGUUCAUAAUGGCUGAUACGACUUACGGUAGCUGUUGCGUUGAUGAGGUUGGGGCAGCCCACGCUAAUGCUGAUUGUGUCAUUCACUAUGGACAUACAUGUCUGAGCCCGACAACAACUCUUCCAGCAUUUUUUGUUUUCGGAAAGGAUCCAAUUGAUGUCUCCACUUGUGCCAAAACAUUAUCUCACUACAGUUCGUCCAAUGGAAAGCCUGUUUUGGUUCUUUUUGGGUUGGAAUAUGCGCAUUCAAUGGAUGAUAUUAGACAAGCACUAUUAGAUUCAUUUCAGACAAGCGGUCUGACGUCAGAAUUGGAAGUACAUUUUGCAGAUGUUAAAUGUUCAAGUUUGGAUCCGUCCUCCCAUAAUGAAAAUGUUGCCAGAGGUGGGGAACAAGUUACCAAUGCUGAAAGUGAGAGUUCUGAGAACAUUGCUGGAACCAGACAUCACAUUGGAAGCUUGUUUUGGGAUUUACAUAGAGAGCGAAGAAUGGAGGACUGCUCAAUUUUCUGGAUUGGUUCUGAAAAUUCAGCCUUCGCAAAUGUGGUUCUGACAUUCAAUGGCUGUGAGAUAGUCAGAUACGAUGCAAAAGAAAGUUGCUUGGUUACUGAUGUAUCUCAGCAAAGAAGGAUCCUCAAGCGCAGAUAUUACUUGGUGGAGAAGGCAAAGGAUGCUGGCAUUGUUGGAAUUUUGGUUGGUACUCUUGGUUUAGCUGGUUACCUCCAUAUCAUUCAUCAGAUGAAAGAGCUGAUCACUGGAGCAGGGAAGAAGGCUUAUACUCUUGUUAUGGGGAGGCCCAAUCCUGCAAAACUUGCCAACUUCCCAGAGUGUGGUGUUUUCAUAUAUGUUUCUUGUGCCCAAACUGCACUUAUGGAUAGCAAGGAGUAUCUUGCUCCAGUCAUUACUCCAUUUGAAGCCACACUAGCUUUCACCAGAGGAAGUCAAUGGACAGGCGCCUACAUUAUGGAAUUUCAGGAUUUGAUUAAUUUCCCAAUACCUAACGAAGGAAACCGAUCAGAUGAAGCGAGAUAUUCAUUCUUGCAAGGCAGAUAUGUGGAAGAUUAUGAUUCCCAAGAAAAUGUUGAGGAAGAAAAUGAAGCUUGCGCUCUAGUAAGUGCAACAGAGAAAGCUCUCCAGAUACGCGAUAACCGAAACUCGCUAAUUGAAGGAACUGCAAGGUCUGGAGCGGAAUUUUUUGCAGCUCGUUCCUUUCAAGGUUUAGAUAUUCAAAAUGGUAGUUCCCAGCCGGAGCCAUAUCUAAUCGGGAGGAGCGGCAGGGCAUCCGGGUAUCAAGACGAGAAAAAUAGUCAAAAUAGUUAAGAAGAGAAGGUUUGAAGAUUGAAGCAAGUUUGUAAGGGUCAGUAGGAGAGAUUCCAACAAGCUUGGGAAAAGAGGUUGGUUGUCAAUCUUACAAAGAGAUUUUGUUUGGAAGAGUUUCUAUUUUUUGUUAGUGUUUCUGAAAGAUUAUGAGAAAUGAAUGUUACAUUAAUAUUAUUGUGCACAAUGAAAUUUCUAUUUAGAAGGAA